AUGGAAGCUUGCGACAUUACGGCUGGCAUUUCUGCCAUCAAGCCAGGUGACUCGACGCCUGUCACAGCGGCAGACUAUGCCAUUCAAGGUCUUGUCUUUGAAUGCCUGCAGAAACAGUUCCCUUCGGAUAGGUUCAUGGGGGAGGAGGAUGCUGCGGAUCUGCGUGCUGAUGCAGAUCUUUGCGGACUGGCGCUAGAGCUAUGCUCGAAGUUCGGUGACAGCAGCAUCACGAAAGAGUCCUUCUUAGCUGCAGUUGAUGUGGGGCUGGUGCCGCCUCAAGAGGGCGAGAACCGUCGAGUCUGGGUUCUCGACCCGAUCGAUGGCACCAAGGGCUUUUUGACGGGCCAGGGCUACGUGAUCGGCCUGUCGUUGCUGAUGGAUGGCGAAGCCCUCCUCGGGGUGAUGGGCUAUCCCAAUGCCACCGCGACUCCGCCCAUCAUGCUUGCCGUGAAAGGCCACGGGCUUCGCUGGUGGCCUGCAGAGGGGCCGGGCCCGCUGGAGUACGAGCCUCCAAAACCAGACUGGGCCAGUCAAGGCCAUGACUGCCCUCCUUGGCUCCUGUCUCCGCAGAGCACGCGGGCUGCCUGCAGGCCGUUUGGCGAUGCCCCAGCCACAGACAUGUGCUGCGGCUCCAUGGUGAAAUACUUUGCUGUGGCUGCUGGAACUCAUUGCGGGUAUGUUCAGUAUGAGGAGCAGUUGAAGACGUGGGACCAUGCUUGUGGCAUCCUUUGCGUCCAGGAGUCUGGUGGGGCCGCGUGCGUGACCGAUGCAGCUGGACAGCCGGUAGUCUUCCCUGGCCGCAAGUUUUCCGUGCUCGGUGGCAUCGUUUCGUGCUCACGCUGGUGCACGUCGGAGAUGCGAGAGCUACUGCUUCAGGCUGCCGCUGGAAAUGCAUCAGAGGGGAAGUAG